UGAAUGCUGAUGGUAAUUCGAAUCCCAGUGCUACUACUACCUCUGCUGCUUCUCCGGCUGCUAAUGCACCACAACCGAGCGUCACGUUGACAAUUAAUGGCAUACAACAGACUUAUCCUCAAUUAGAUCAAUUACCCGAUGAAAAAGAUCCUAUUGUCCAGAAAUGGAUGAGUCAAUAUGAUUUCAGUAAUGUUCCAAACCUUCCAGCUUCUAAUGGCGGUGUGGUCAACCAUGAUCAGCCUACCUGUGAUAAUAAAAGCACAAUCGAUCCAAAUCAAGGAUCUUGGACUUGUCAAAAAUACGUUGCUCCCGAUGAUAUUCAAGCAUGUCCGACAACAGGAAAUUGGGGUGUAACUUAUGAUGAUGGGCCAUCGUUAGCGACGCCAAGUUUGUUAGACGCUCUAGAUAAAUGCAAUUUGAAAGCCACGUUCUUCGUCAUUGGUAGCCGCGCAAUUUCUAAUCCUGAAAUUCUUUUAGACGCUUACAAAAGAGGUCAUCAUAUUGCUGUGCAUACUUGGUCCCAUCCUGCACUUACUUCUCUUUCCAACGAACAAAUCGUCGCAGAAAUAGGAUGGACAAUGAAGGCUAUCAAAGAUAUUAUCGGCGUCACACCUAUAUACUAUCGCCCUCCAUAUGGUGAUACCGACAAUCGCGUUCGUGCAAUUACACGUGCCAUGGGUUUAAUAACUGUUCUCUGGCUUCCAGACUUUGAUAGCAAUGAUUGGACUCUUGUCUCCACCCCACCCGAACCAAUCAGCUAUGUAAUCAGUACUUUUAAGAAUUGGACUCAAAAAUUCCCAACGAUGUCCACAGGAUUUAUUGUUCUUGAACAUGAUCUUUAUAAUGAAACCGUAAAGGCAGCAAUAGAAGUCUUAAAAUUAGCAGUUAAAGUUAAUGGUUUGAACAUGACUACGGUCGCUCAAUGUGUAGGAGAUUCGAAACCCUAUUUAGAAAUUGGGGGUAAACCUAGUAACGUAGUAAACGUAGUAAACGCGACAAAUAGUAAUUCCACUUCGGCACCUGCUAAAACCAUAUCACCAUCAGCCCCAUCAUCAGCCCCAUCAGUCCUAUCAGGCAAACCGGCAUCCGAUUCAUCAACUUCUACAUCCACUAAUAGCCCGAAAACCUCUACUACUAGCUCUAGUAAUUCUUUAGUGAUCACAAUACUCCCGAUUAUUUCUAUCCUGUUUACAUCAUUAUUCGCACUAAAAUAA